UUAUGGGGCCCCCGGGCAAUAGGGGAUCAUGGGGCCCCUGUGUCCUUGCCCAAACUCAAAAAAGCCUAUGAAAAAAUGUACCAGGGGCUUCUCAUGGGGCCCCCUACUGACCCCGGGCCCUCAGGCAGUGCCCGAGUUCCCAAAUGGUCAGUCCGCCCCUGUUCUUGACAAGAGUCACCAAUGAGAAGUCAUUGCUCUUGUCAAUGGCGUUAUCUCCAUAAACACUCCUAGCCUGAAAUGUAUGUGUUAAUGCUUGUGACCACAAUGUAUGGCAGCACAUGGAGGCGUUCAUUGUGAAUGGUAGCCUAAG